AUGGCUUCCAUCACCAUCUUGUACCCUUCGGGCCACCAGUUCGACGUCAAGUACUACAUGCAAACGCACAUGCCUCUCGUGUCUGCUUCUUGGGGCGGAGCGGGCCUGAAAAGCUGGGAGAUUACUCAGUUCGCCCCGGACCAGCAGUAUCAGAUCCAGGCCAUCCUGGAGUUUGAAUCAAUGGCCGCGUGGGAGGCUGCAUCGACGGGAGAGAGCGCCGUGGCGGUGUUUGGUGACAUUCCCAACUUCACCGCAGCCAAGCCUGUCGUUGUCAAGGGUGCUCAUCUGGGCUCGGAGAAACUAGCCUGA